GGGUGCGGAGUGCACCAGCAGCAGCGGCCUCACUACCACCACCACCAGCCAGGCCUCUCACCUCUCCUCCCUCCUCCUCCUCCAUCCCUGCUGCCGCUGCUGCCUCUAUGUCCCGGCCGUCAUAAGUAACCAACCCGCAGCGCACCAACCACCCCAACCACCACCACCACACUCGCCACCACGCCGCGGGACAGGACGCACUCCUGGGUUCUUGGUUAGUCAGCGCGUCCACAGCCCGCCAGCCAAGCUGGCCACGUCGUGAAUAAAUAGUCGUUAUAUUAUGUCAUCCCACGCGACCCACAUAUGUUUAUACAUAACAUAACCAAGUGAUGUGUACUUAGUAAAUGUACACAUUUAAAGUGUUUUCGAUGACUCCAUGGUGCACCGGAAUUUAUUUCAGAUUCUUUGCUGUGCACACAGACGCUGACCGUCACUUAGUGAGGACAUCUGUAAAGAAAUCUGUCACAUGCUUGUAACACGACAUGGACAUGGAAAGUGAGAGAGAGUAACAUUUGGAUGACAGUUUGUAUUUUAUAUAAGCGAGCAGGAGCAGCAAGAGCACGGGCGGCCCCAGUGUUGUGGGUGAGUGUGGAGGCUGGCAGUGAGUGGCCCCCGUUCCCACCAAGCGAAUGAGGACAUCCUAUGGCAGGAGUGUACAGCCAGCCUCAACCAUCACCUCCCCAAGCCCACUGCACCCGCCUCCUCCACCCUCCAUCUAGGGCCUACAUCUUCUGUUAGUCUGAGGUGAGGAAGGACGGGCGCCCAGUGCUUCAGUCGGGGGGAAACUGGACGACAUAUUAUCAGGAAAGUGGAAAUAUCGAAUGAGACCAAAUUCUGUUGUAACAAAGACCAUGCAGCGUUGAGAGUUGGUUUAGACCUUUAAAUACCAUCCAAGUGAGAACUGUGUCAUUGAUUUGUGAAUCGGAGAAUCUGCCCCCUGAGCUAUGCGCGGGUCGACGGGCAUUAGCGAGAGCGGGGCUCGCAGGCGAGUAUGUAUAGGGGUACUGGGGUUGCUGGACUCAUUCUUGUCUAUCUUCGUGAUCGCGCCCCUGGUGGUGGGCUACUGGCGUGGCUGCUGGCAGCUCAUGGAUAAGUUCCUGCUGCCAGACAACAAGCAGUUGUCGGUGGUCACCUCGCUUACCAUGGGUGUCGUCUCUGGACUGCUGUUCUGCCUGCUACAGCGUCCACUCGACACCCUCUGUGAUCACUCCAGACGUCCCCGUCUGCACCUGUUUGUGUCACGGCUCUACACGUCGGUGUACUGUGUGUGCUGCGUCAACCACUGGCGGGGCGUGUGGGCGACUUGGGACCUGUACACUGGCAUCUCAUGGCAAUCAGGUGCAACAUCCAUGGGCAUCGGUCUCCUGACACUGGCCAUCACCCGAGGCCUGAAGAACAUCUUGGCCCCGCCCUUCAUCGUUGUGACAGACCAUCCUUCAGGAUACUUCAACGUGCCCACUCUCUUCAGCGCCCAGAAGGAUCGGUGCGGGUACUUCCUGCUGGACACGGUGUUCACAGUGGUGGUCACGGGCUCUCUGGUGGUGUUCGUGUGGAGGGGGUCCUGGGUCUUCCUCGACGCCCUGCUCUUCCCAGAUAAACCCGUCUACUCCGCCUGGGGCUCCAUGGUGCUGGGGAUGACGGUGACCCUGCUGGUGUUCGUGGCCCAGCUGGUGAUGAUCCCGUGUCUGAGGCGCAUCAGGAAAGGCCUCCCCAAGAUCCUGGUGGAGGACGCUUACCAUUCUAUCUGCUUCAUCGGCGACGUCAACAUGUGGCGGGGAGUCUGGAUGCUGCUCAACAUAUACCUCCUACCAGGUCUACCGGUUGUCAGCAACUUCCUGACGUCAGUAGCGGGGCUCGUGGUGCUGAUGUGCUUCUACACCUCCAACUCUAUCCUGGUGAGAGGCGCCGUGAUGGACGGGGCUGGGGAGGGCUGCAGGAGUAUCGUCUUCCCUACACACUACCUCAGGUUCUUCCACAAGAAGAGGGAGGAGGAGCAGCAGCGGCCAGACCUGUGGGUGCGAGGGGACGGGGGCCGGCCACCCCUGGUUAUCAGUGCGCCCCUCGAGUCCACCCUCGCCAGUAAAGCCAACGGCGUGUGUGACGGUAGAGGCUUCGGCGACGGACACAGCUUCACUGAUGGUUUUGGGGAUGGAUUCGGCAGCGCAUAUCCCGAGGGUGAAGGUCGUACUCAGCGUCCCAACUCCACCUUCCUGGGGCCCGACGCUAGCACGACCCGAGUGAACAUAGUCAAGACCUCCUUACCAGACCCCACCCCUAACGAUCCCUCCAGCAACAACGACCCUAUCAACCAUAACGAACCCACCAGCCAUAACGACUCCCACGCACACCUAACUGAGACGCCUUUGUAAAACCUGUCAUUAGAAGAACCUCAAGAGUAUAAACAUGUAACAACAAGAGAUAAUUUACUUAUUUUUUCACUAAGAGUAAAAUUUUUGAAGUAAUAACCAAGAUAAAAUAAAAAAUAAAAUAUCAUUAACAUUUAUAUAAAAAAAAAGGAACAUAAUGAAAGAGUUCUCCACGACCAAAGCUGUACAUAUUAUAUAUAUAUAGGCUAAUGAAACCUCCCAUUCCUGUAUUUAUAGACACUACAGUGCAUAUAUACGAUGUUAUGUAGGGUGUACUGUUAAUAGUUAUUCUAUUAUUCUCUGAUGCUAUUCUGUGUUUACACCGUAUGUUUGACAAGUCCUUUAUAAUGCAUUUUACACUAUAUUCGUCAACACAGUUCAGGUUUUCCAGUAUUCCAGAUGAAGAAGAUGAGGUUUGGGGGAGUCAAAGGAGCAGGGAGGUGGGUGGGGGGUGUGAACUAUAUUUGGUGUCAGAACGGAACAAUUCGAGUAUGGUGUCAGAACGGAACAAAUUCAAAUACGGUGUCAGAACGGAACAUUUCGGGUAUGGUGUCAGAACGGAACAAAUUCGGAUAUGGUGUCAGAACGGAACAAAUUCAAAUACGGUGUCAGAACGGAACAUUUCGGGUAUGGUGUCAGAACGGAACAAAUUCAAAUACGGUGUCAGAACGGAACAUUUCGGGUAUGGUGUCAGAACGGAACAAAUUCGGAUAUGGUGUCAGAACGGAACAAAUUCGGAUAUGGUGUCAGAACGGAACAAAUUCGAAUAUGGUGUCAGAACGGAACAAAUUCGAAUAUGGUGUCAGAACAGAACAAUUCGGACGACGUUAUCGAUCGCUCGGCCUCAGGGGUGACCAAAGAUGUAUAUCGACUCGUAUUUCGUAACGUUACUUAUCAUAUCUGCUUACUUCCUCGAGUUCCUCUUGUCUAUAAUCCUUGUAAAUAAUCUUGAUAUGGUCUGAGAGAUGCUAGUGAAAAAACUCUGCUGUAACAAUCUCACAAACUAUACUACCAUUAAGCGGUGAUUGGUCAGAUGGUUUUCCUAGGACUAAUUGGCCCCCAUUUUAAUGUUUAGAUUAGGUUGGGGCCUGUUAGGACAACGAACAAGAGUCCAACUCACUAAACAGGAUAUGUAAACACCCACAGACAACAGUAACAUCAUUCUUCUUCUUCCUCUUCUUCUCCUCACUCAAACGACCUCAUAUUAUAUCGACCAAUUCAUCUCUGUUACGUCAGAAGUAGUAUGUACUUGAAGGCAAUUACGUCAAGUUGAUUUUCCUUCAUUUGAUUGGCCAUUAAUAAUGAUAGUGGAUCCGUCACAGUUAUUCAGUUUGGUAUUGAGAUUUGGUAUCAGCGUCAACAACACAGAUGGAAAUGAAGAACAAUAUCAACAAUAACAAUAACAAUAACAAGAACAAGAACAAGAACAAGAAUCGUACAAUGUUGACUUUUAACCACGACACUACAACAUGGCGGUAUUGCACAGAUUUAGAUAUUGCCGUGAGUUAGAGUGACAAUGUUACAAGCAAUCCCCAACAACAAAUUCAAUUACCCGGACAGUGGAAAUAAUUAAUAACAUUGGUGGAGGUGGUGCCGGAUUACAGUAGAAUCGUGACCAUUAAUCCUCACUUAAUCCUCUCUUCCUGACUUCCAAUGGUAACUUCGCGUUUGUAAUCCCAAGGGAAAAAAAUCUCUUGUCUAUGAUUCAUUUUUAGUUUAAUUUACUACGUCUGUACCUCAUUUAUUAUUCGUCUUAUUACUUGUUUUGUCUGUAUUUUGCUCUCUUUUCGUCGUUAAUUUUGUCUAUAUUUUCGUAGGCAUUAAAAGGUCGUUUUCUCUCAAUACCCACAAAUAUUUUUUUUUUAAUCUUUUUGGUAUAAUUUUCACUUUAUAUUUAUUUUCUCAAUAUUUUCCACAACAGAGAAAAAAAAAGAUGGUUGAUUGUUAUGUUCUUAUGCAUGAUGUAUUUAAUGUUAGUACAAAAACAUCUUUAGCUUUUACUAAUUUAAGAAAGAUUUUAUGAUAUUGAAUUGUCAUUAUGUAAAUUAAGAAUCUAUAUAAAGUAAACAAAUGAAGAUAUAUUGUAAAAAAAAAAAUCGAUCGUUCUUGUGGGCACGAUUAUAGAGUUGGAUUUCAUAUGGAUCGUGUUUACGUUUGUUUGUUAUGGUCGUAAAUAGUAAACAGUCAAGGAUAAUUAACCACGAGCUGUAAGGUAAGAUGACAAACUAACACCCUUCACCUCUUUCAGUUCUGGUUUAAUGAUUUCUUUAAAAAAAAUCGAUUAAAUUAAUUUUUCGGUCUAAAGUUUUAUAUAUAAUUUUUUAAUUGAUAUUACAGAUAAGUUUUUAUUUUUAACUCUGAGAAACAAUAUUACUUCAGGACUUAAGGUAUAAAUAUUUAUCUUUAUCACCCAAAAUACUUCCCUAAAGAUUAAUAUAAUAGUGAUAUAAUGAUACACUGGAGACUGUAGUGUACAUGGAUGAUCCAACAUGACUCUUGAAAUGCAAUAUAUAUAUUUUUCCCACAUAUUUUCUACACAGUGUUCUUAUUCCAGUGUAAAUAAAGUAUACAUAAGGUGUGGUGUGCUCUAGGAGGGUUGGGGUAGUGACGGGAUCGUGUGUUUGAUGUUAUGAAUAAAAAAAAAAGUAAUUCUAAAUUUAGUAAAGGAAACAAAAGAAAAUCGAAUUAAACUUUUAUCUCGAAUUAUACCAGAUUAUACUUUCGUCAAGGUAAUUAUUGAAAUGUUAUAAUCGAUAAAAGAUAAUUAAAUUGAUUAUUAUUACGUAAUUUUUACUAUUUGUUAUAACAGAAGCUGUCAGGUGUACAUGUGUAGAUAGAGUGUGUACACAUGGUGUCUUAGUAAACAUACAGGUCGAAACUACCUUUUAAUUUUUGUCAUGCUAGUCGUAAUUAGAGUUAAAUUAGGGUUUAAUUAGUAAGUCAUAAAAAUAUCGUAAUUAUUAUUAUUUUAUGUUUAAGACCAAAGUUGUGUUUAUAAUCUGAAGAUAAAAUUCGUGAUUGCGAUUUUGUUUUUGGAGAUGAAAUACGUCAUAAUAAUUGUGUUUAUAAUUCAAUUUAACACACACA